UGGGAUUGUGGGACGUUGGCCGGGGUCCAGGAAUUCGCAGAAUGCCUCGGCGCCGUCUUGCAUCAGCCGGCAGAAGUUCGCACUCGGCCGGGAAGAGAAAUCUGCGGCCCCACUCUGGCGCGUCUUGGGCUGCUGCUCUGGGGCUGAAGUAACCUGCCAUGAUGAUCUCCCCUCCCAGGAUGCCCCUCCUGCUGCUGUUGCUCCACAUCCCAAGUGCUGCCAAAGCUCAGGUUAAUCCAGCUGUGUGCCGUUAUCCUCUGGGAAUGUCAGGUGGCCACAUCCCAGAUGAAGACAUCUCCGCCUCCAGCCAGUGGUCUGAAUCCACAGCAGCCAAGUAUGGAAGGCUUGAUUCAGAAGAGGGCGAUGGGGCUUGGUGUCCGGAGAUCCCCGUUGAGCCAGAUGACCUCAAGGAGUUCCUUCAGAUUGACCUGCAUGCCCUGCACUUUAUCACCCUGGUGGGGACCCAGGGGCGACACGCUGGUGGCCACGGCAAUGAGUUUGCACCAAUGUACAAGAUCAAUUACAGCCGGGAUGGCACCCGGUGGAUUUCCUGGAGGAACCGGCAUGGGAAGCAAGUGCUGGAUGGAAACACCAACCCUUAUGACAUUGUCCUCAAGGACCUGGAGCCUCCCAUCAUAGCUCGCUUCAUACGCUUCAUUCCCAUCACCGACCACUCCAUGAAUGUCUGCCUGCGAGUGGAGCUCUAUGGCUGCACGUGGCUAGAUGGGCUGGUUUCCUACAAUGCGCCUGCUGGACAGCAGUUCGUCCUUCCCAGCGGCACAGUCAUUUACCUCAAUGAUUCUGUGUAUGACGGCGCUUUUGGCUACAGUAUGACUGAGGGACUGGGCCAGCUGACGGACGGUGUUUCUGGCCUGGAUGACUUCACACAGACCCAUGAGUACCACAUGUGGCCGGGCUAUGACUACGUGGGGUGGCGCAAUGAGAGCGCUGCUGGGGGCUACAUUGAAAUCACGUUUGAAUUUGAUCGGAUCAGAAACUUCACCACCAUGAAGGUGCACUGCAACAACAUGUUUUCCAAGGGGGUGAAGAUCUUCAAGGAAGUUCAGUGCUAUUUCCGCUCCGAUGCCAAUGAGUGGGAGCCCAACACCAUCUCCUCGGUGCUGGUGCUGGAUGACGUCAACCCCAGUGCGCGGUUCGUCACUGUGCCCUUGCUUCAUCGCAUGGCCAGCGCCAUCAAGUGCCAGUAUUACUUUGCCGACACCUGGAUGAUGUUCAGUGAGAUCACAUUCCAGUCAGAUGCAGCCAUGUACAACAACUCCGGAGCCCCUCCUGAGUCGCCCGUAGCACCCACCACUUACGAUCCAACCCUCAAAGUGGAUGACAGCAACACACGCAUCCUGAUUGGCUGCCUGGUUGCAAUCAUCUUCAUCCUGGUGGCCAUCAUUGUCAUCAUCCUGUGGAGGCAGUUCUGGCAGAAGAUGCUGGAGAAGGCUUCUCGUCGGAUGCUGGAUGACGAAAUGACCGUCAGCCUCUCCCUGCCUAGCGAAUCCAGCAUGUUCAACCACAACCACUCCUCCUCAUCCAGCGAGCAGGAGUCCAACUCCACCUAUGACCGCAUCUUCCCCCUGGGCCCAGACUACCAGGAGCCCUCGCGGUUGAUCCGCAAACUGCCAGAGUUUGCCCCAGGAGAUGAAGAGGCAGGCUGCAGUGGAGUCAUCAAACCCGUCCAGUCAAGUGGCCCCGAGGGAGUCCCCCAUUAUGCAGAGGCUGACAUUGUGAAUCUGCAAGGUGUGACAGGCAGCAACACCUACUCUGUGCCUGCCAUCACUAUGGACCUGCUCUCGGGCAAGGAUGUGGCUGUGGAAGAGUUCCCUAGGAAACUGCUAACCUUCAAGGAGAAGCUUGGAGAAGGCCAGUUUGGGGAGGUUCAUCUCUGUGAAGUGGAGGGAAUGGAAAAGUUCAUGGACAAAGAUUUUGCUUUGGAUGUCAGCUCCAACCAACCUGUCCUGGUGGCUGUGAAAAUGCUGCGAGCAGAUGCCAACAAGAAUGCCAGGAAUGACUUUUUGAAGGAGAUUAAGAUCAUGUCACGGCUCAAGGACCCCAAUAUCAUCCGGCUGCUGGCAGUGUGCAUCACUGACGAUCCUCUCUGCAUGAUUACUGAGUACAUGGAGAACGGCGACCUCAAUCAGUUCCUAUCCCGCCACGAGCCCCAGCUCCCCCCUGCCAGCAAUGGACCCAUUGUCAGCUACACUGACCUGAGGUUCAUGGCCACUCAGAUUGCCUCUGGCAUGAAGUACCUGUCCUCUCUGAAUUUUGUGCAUCGGGACCUGGCCACACGCAACUGCUUGGUGGGUAAGAACUAUACCAUCAAGAUAGCAGACUUCGGCAUGAGCAGGAACCUGUACAGUGGAGACUAUUACCGAAUCCAGGGGCGGGCCGUGCUCCCUAUUCGCUGGAUGUCCUGGGAGAGUAUUUUAUUGGGAAAAUUCACUACAGCCAGUGAUGUCUGGGCUUUUGGGGUGACACUAUGGGAGACCUUCACUUUUUGCCGAGAGCAACCGUAUUCCCAGCUGUCAGAUGAACAGGUCAUUGAGAAUACCGGAGAAUUCUUCAGGGAUCAGGGGCGGCAGACAUACCUUCCCCAACCUGCUCUCUGCCCUGAUCCUGUCUACAAGCUAAUGCUCAGCUGCUGGAGACGAGACACGAAAGAUCGCCCCUCCUUCCAGGAAAUUCACCGCCUCCUCCAACCAUCAGCCAGCGAAGAGUGACACUUUGCUUCCCUCACACGUCCUGCUCCUCCUCCCACCCCAGAAGACCCACCUGUAAAAACUGAAGCCACUUCACCUGGACUCACAACAAAACCUGGGCAGUGGGGCUUCUUCUACUGCACAUUAAAAAACCACCAUAAGCGGAGAAAAAAGUGAGAAGGAACCAAGCCUAAAUCAGACCAAAUCCAUAGCUCAUAUGAUAAGCUAACUCUGGAAUGACAAAGGAUGAACAAGGGUUAUUGAUAGAUGUGGCAUGUUCCUGUUUAUCAGUGGAUUCAGUCAAAGAGGAUUCUGUUUUCCCAUUUUGGAAGGGGAAAAGUAAGGUCCAUGUUCUCCAUGAGGAGGCUCCUCAUGCAGGGAGCAUGUGCUGGAAAUGCAUCUGUGGAUGGGAGCACACACCAGGAAAGUGCCUGGUAAAGGGAGGGUAUUUGGGGGAGGUGCCUAGUGCAGGGAAUGCAGGUGAGGAACACAGUGAUGCAGGAGUUGCCACUAAAGCAGAGUGGGUUGUGCAAUUACAAAGUGAAAACUGAACCGGUCUGGACACUUUUAGGCUUCAGACAGGCUCAACGGAUUUAGCAUUUGCCUGGUUUGGAUUCCUCCCAUCCUUGUUUGGUUACAGCCCGUUAGACAGGGGAAAGCCCAAACACAUUGUGUAGUACAAUGUGCCAGCUGCUGGGCUGGAAUGUGCAUUCUGCUGUAGGUGAACAUUCCCACUGCAAUGGGGGCAUUGCUUUCUGAGGAGCAUAUGGUUUACUGCAUCUGCUGCAGGACUAAUGAGGAAUGACAAGCCAUCCAUCUAGAGGACAGCAGAGGUGCCCUCUUCUGACCCAGGCACGGCCUCUUGAGAGGACCUCAUGUCCCUGAGAAAUGCAUUCUGCAUCUGCUGUUCAUGCUAUCAGGGUAGGGAAAUCCUACCGCUACCAGAUUUGUGGGGUAGGUGCUAGCUCUGCAUUUCCUGAGAAUCAGGGUGAGAGACGUUUUAGAACAAACAUUUCAUUUCAAAGGUUAAAUGGCCAUAAUCGCCCAGUUCCCUACCCAUGUAUGCCCCCCCCCUUGAGGUUUAAUAAGUAAAGGAACAGGAUGUUGCACUGCUCUGGACAUCCGCCAGCACCGAGGGCUGCCACUAGCACCCACCACUGCCUGCAGUAACCUUGAGUACCAUGAUAAUAUUGUUUGUGAAUACAAUGCCUGGAGUUACCACUAAUAAUAGCUCCUCUCCUACCCACCCCAUCUUGACACAGAAGCUCCCUUGGCAUGGCAUGUUCUAUUCUAGGGCUUUGUCUGACUCCCAGCUGUGGUCUGGAAGGAUUUCGAGCCGAAAGUACUUGGGACCAAUCUAGCCAUGGUUGGAGCUUCUAUGAGAAUGAAUGUGCUCCCCUGGCAUCCCCCAGAUUUGGUUGCUGCAUGAAUGAUUUGGGUCGCGUCCCUACUGGCGCUGUUUGCUCUGUCAGUUUCCAGUCAAUGUACACAAAGGUGCUUGCUGAUGCAAUGGGUGUGAAAGUGAAACCCUUAGAGUAUGGAAUACACCUCUGUUUCCUACAAGGAUGCCUGUUAUUUGCAUACACACCAGCCCUUGAAAUUCAACAGAGAACACAGUUGGUCUGAUACGCUCAUACUGAGAUGCCCAAACCUGUAGCACUGUUUCCAGUAUACUAUAACCUAGCAUGGAUAGGGCAUGCGUAUAUGGGUGCUGUGCCUAUGCUAAGUGACCAUUGCAGGGACAUGGGCUGUGUGAAAUAGUUGUCUGCCUCACUUGUCCUGACAGCAGCUGGUAUGUCAACAUAGCUCUAUUUGCAUCAGAACCAUCUUGGCUAUCACCACCCAGAAAGAUUUGCAAUUGCAGUUGUACCAAUUGCCAAGGUGUCUAGAAUGACUCUCAAAUAUGGGUGCUAACCUCCGGGCAGUCUGUUAAGAAACAAGGCAGGAACUCCAAACUCCUUGUAUGUUCUGUACUUAGAUUUCAUCAACCAAGUAACAAGGGUGAACUCCUAAACCAUUGUAACAGCCUUAACUUGGAGUCAUAGACAGUCCCCUCAGGCGCUCAGGGCUGUCUUGUCACCCAGGCAAGCCUGCCUCUGUGAUAGAUGAUCCCUUACACCAAAAAUCACAGCAAUAUUCAGGUUACUCCCAGUCCCAAAGUACCAGUCACUUACCCCAGGUCAAGUGCACCCUAGAUUUCUCACUAAUGAUAAUGUUUGUAGCCAGUCCUGUAAUAAACUAUCUAAAGGUUUAUUAAAA